AUGUCAUCGUCCAUGGAAACGUUCAAUCCAGUCGAAAAAGACCUCAACACCCUCAAGGAAUUGUUAAAAACAGACAGCAUUUCCAAUAAGCCAGAGAAGCCUGUUCCUGUUGCCCCUGUCCCCUCCACUCCCUCAGUUCAAGCUACACCUUCAUCCAAGAGUUCCAGCCUCCCCCCGUCUGCCUCUCAGCCUCCGCAGGCUGCUCCCGCUGAAGCUGGACUAGAUUUUAAGGGACAGGGGCUGCCAGUAGUGGAGAGCACAGGGGCCAAAGAGGAGUAUGGGUACAUUGUCACCAAUCAGAGUCCCCUGAGUCUGUACGAUGGAGUCAAGAUGUUGGAGCUGCUGGCUGAUAAAAUACACUUGACAACAAGCAGCUUCAUCAACAUUAGCGUUGUCGGUCCUGCACUGACUUUCCGUAUCCGACAGAAUGAGCACAACAUGACGGCGGCAGAGGUGGCUGCUAAAGCCGUAUCUGAAAAGAAUUUCCUGGAGUCUGAGACGGGUCUGAAGAUUGUACAGACUGGUGUGGGAGAGAGGACAGAUGCGCGGGGUCUCCCUCAGGUAACCAGGGUUUCCCAGGGCUCCAGUGGGACAGUUAUCACCCUUGUUUCCAUGGCAGUUGUUGGAGGUGUGCUGGUAUUGGCCAUGGCCGUAGCUUGUCUCAGGCACUAUGCUCAGCAAGUGAACAAUGGCAAGCUUGGCCUGGGACCAGAGGGAGGUGCAGAAACUCACUUUGACUACCAGGAGCUAUGUCGGCAGCACAUGGCAUCUAAAUCCUCCCUGUGCCGCCAGGACUGUGUGGGAGUGAGCAGCAGCAUCUCUGGACCUGCUGUAAGCACGGGUGCAGGUGGACGGAGGGGUACAGAUACAUCCCGUGUCAGCAGCGUUUCCUCCCAGUUCAGUGAUGGUCCCCAGCACAGCCCAUCCUCCACCCACAGCUCCACCCCGUCCUGGAGCGAGGAGCCUGCCCAGUCUAACAUGGACAUCUCCACCGGUCACAUGAUACUAGCGUAUAUGGAGGAUCACCUGCGUAAUAAGGACCGUCUCCAGAAGGAGUGGGAGGCCUUGUGUUCCUAUCAGGCGGAACCCAGUUCACUAGCUGUGGCUCAGUCUGCAGACAACAUGGACAAAAACAGACAUGCUGAAGCCCUCCCCUAUGAUCACUCUCGUGUGAAACUGAAGACUGAUGUAAACCCCAAUAAACAAGAUUAUGUCAAUGCCAGCAUCAUUUUUGAUCAUGAUCCUCGCCAACCAUCUUACAUUGCCACACAGGGACCUCUUCCCCAUACUGUUGCUGAUUUCUGGCAGAUGGUGUGGGAGAACGGCUGCACAGUGAUUGUUAUGAUGACAGCUUUGGUGGAGGACGGAGAGAAGCAGUGUGAACGAUACUGGCCUGACGAGGGCUCGUCACUCUACCACAUCUAUGAGGUGAACCUGGUGUCAGAACACAUCUGGUGCAAGGACUUCCUGGUGCGUAGCUUCUACCUGAAAAAUGUCCAGACGCAGGAGACACGUACCUUGACCCAGUUUCACCUGCUGAGCUGGCCAGCUGAUGGCAUCCCCACCUCCACACGACCACUGCUUGACUUCCGCAGGAAGGUGAAUAAAUGCUACAGAGGUCGUUCCUGUCCAAUCAUCGUUCACUGCGGUGAUGGCACUGGCAGGACUGGCACGUAUAUCCUUAUUGACAUGGUGCUGAACCGCAUGGCCAAGGGAGUGAAGGAGAUCGACAUUGCAGCCACACUGGAGCACAUCAGAGACCAGAGACCUGGCCUAGUCCACACCAAGGACCAGUUUGAGUUUGCCCUGACGGCGGUAGCUGAGGAGGUGAAUGCCAUUUUGAAAGCCCUGCCACAGUGAGAUACAGCUGCUGAUGGAUACAAUGACAUGCAGACACAAAAGAAUACACGCUCCAGUGGACACACUUGUAUGAUUCAGUCAUGUAUGAUCAUUACUGUACAUAAAAAUCUGCUUGGCCACAGUGGAGCUAUUAUUGCUCUUGCUUUUUUCCCUGCUGACUCAUUGUCUGGGUGUUCAAAACAUUUUGGAAUCAAAUUUUAUUUUGAGGAUUUUUUUUCCAGGAAGCAAAAGGAAAGAGACUCAAAGUUCUUUCCAAUUAGAGCAAGAUUCGAUUUUUCUGUUAGUAUCUUAAGUUUCUAAUUACACAUGGAGGCGGUUAUCAGUCGGGAAUUUAACAGAAAACCUUGGUGCCUGUGUGAAUCCAGAUGAAUAUGAGAUAAGCUUGGUCAUGCUGUCAGACAGAAUAGUUAUCUUACACUCAUCUGAUUAAAUUGUUACUGGACAUUAUUACCUCAAAUGAUCAGCCAACAUAAAAAGAAUUUAUGACCAACACAGGGUUUGUAUUGGCUGCUCUGGUGAACAUAUAAAUUGGGCCAAAGUUAUAAUACUGUCAAACCUCCUGUCAAAACGUAUCAAAUAUUUAUGACUGCCAUCCCAGUUAAACAUGGUGUGGUUGUUCUCCGAUGUAACUUUGAAUGUGUUGUUAUUCGUGUCCAUUUGAAUACUGUAUUCUUUUGUCGAGUGUGUUUUUAUUUCUGAGGCGUGUCUUUUUUGCCUUGAAAACAUGAUCGUUUGCUUUCAGCGCUGGUCGUUUCGUAAUGGAUGUUCGACUUGACCAUGAACUACCUUCUCGCCGUCUCCCUUUCUGCACACAAAGCAACUUUGCGUUCUUCUAUUGUCUUACUCAGUGUACGACCUUGUGAUUCGUGUAAAUAAUUCAUUCUGAUGAUUGUGUUUAUUUCAUGUAGCAGACCGACAGAAAAUAUCUAUAAAAAUGUAUUUUUGACUUGACCUAAAUAAAUUUGUGAUGUGAUGCAGCAGAAAACAAA